ACAGCAAGUCCGUAACACAGUCGAUGCGAGCUGGAACCCUGCAAAGUGCCUAAAUCCGAGCUAACAUGGAUUCGAUUCCACGGAAAACCGUUCCGGAGACAUUUGCCGGCGCUGACGUGUUCAUAACCGGAGGUUCCGGCUUUAUGGGCAAGGUGUUGAUCGAGAAACUGCUGAGAUCGUGUCCGCAGAUUGGAAACGUGUUUGUACUGUUGAGGCCACGCAAGGGUAAGCUGGCUAAGGAACGAGUGGCCGAUUUGGUUCAGGUUCCGUUGUUCAACAAACUGCGAGAAGAACGACCGGAGUCGUUUCAGAAAAUUGUCCCGAUCAAUGGAGAUUGUUCACAGUUGAGGCUGGGAUUGGAAGAUGAGAGCAUCAGACGCAUGGCGAAUGUUGAGUUUGUGUUUCACGCAGCGGCUAGUGUACGGUUCGACGAUCCGUUGAGCAAAGCCUUACUGUUGAAUACCCGAGGAACCCAUGAGGUCUUGCUUUGGGCGAAGACUUUGUAUAACUUGAAGGCGAUUGUGCACAUUUCUACCACUUAUUCCAAUCCAGAGAUAUCACAUGUGGAGGAGCGGCUAUAUCCGGCCAAAAUGGAGUGGAGGACUGCAAUCAAAAUGGCGGAGAUGAUAGAUCCGGAAGUGUUGAAUACGUUAACUAAAAAGUUAACCGGUUUUGCCCCAAACACAUAUACCUUCACAAAAGGUCUAGCAGAGCAGAUCUGCUAUGAUUACCGACACGAGCUACCGUUGGUGAUCUUCCGACCUUCGAUUGUGAUCAACACAGAGACGGAACCUAUGCCGGGUUGGAUCGAGAACUACAACGGCCCAGCCGGUAUCUUGUCAGCUCACGCCGCUGGUAUAGUGCGAACGUUUUUCGUCAGCAUAGACUGCCACAUGAAUUGCAUCCCCGUGGAUGUCAGUAUAAAGGCAAUCAUCAUAGCUGCAUGGAAGAAGUCUUUUAGCUGUAAGGACGAUCUAGUCAUAUACAAUAGCGCGGCGGAGCCCGACAAAGCCAUGAGCAAUAAGUUUCUGUACGAAGAAUCCGACUACUUCUCCUAUCGAAUUCCAAUGAUGAAGAUGAUGUGGGCCCCUUCAGGGCAAGUCACUACCAACAGAUGUUUGUUCUAUGUGCUGUUCUUUUUGUACCAGGUUAUUCCAGCGUUUUUUGUAGAUGUAGUUCUACGAAUGUGUAAAAUGAAGCCUUUCCUCCUCAAACUGCAGCGUUCGAUCUUCUACGCACAGAACUCGCUGAUGUACUUCACCACGCAUGAUUGGGUGUUCGAUACCCACAACUUCCGUAGCCUAUCCAAGGAUCUUGGUGAGCUGGACAAAAUCCACUUCGACAUUGCCUACAUCAGGCAGGGCAUGCUGGAGUACUGCAGUCAAUGUUUGCUGGGUUGUCGGCGGUAUUUGUUCAAGGAAAGUGACGACUCCAUCAUGGUCGCUUUCAAAAGACUGAAGAUUUUUGAACUGGUUGAUAGGCUGUUGAAAUGGGCAAUGUUCGUAGGAGUGGCCUAUGUGCUACGGAGUUAUCUGGCAACAGGCUGGUUAAUACAUAAUUAAUUAUAAUAUAAAAUGUUAGGCAUAUAUUCCUGGUAAAGUCAAUAGAUGGAUAAU